AGACAUUAUUUUAAUUUUGAAUAUGAGAGUAUCCAUAAACUUAAUAUUAGAAAUUUCGUUGUUUUAUAUUGCUUGGGCUAGUCCAGUUAAUAAAGUAUUGACAGUGAUAAGCAAUAAGAAGCUUUUUAUUAGGAGUUUACCAGGAUAUUCUGGAGGAAGGAGUAAUUUAUACGAGGUUCACAUGGAACCUUAUCUUUCUACUAUAGGUCUUAAAGCUAUGGUAGAGAUUAGAAGUUUAAGUGAAGAUGGAAAUUCCAUUGGAGGACCUCGAGGCAUUCUUACUUUAGAGCAACUUUAUAACGGAGUCCGUAUUUAUGGAACGAUUACAGGAUUAAAUAAAGGUCUUCAUGGAUUUCAUGUACAUGAAAAAGGUGACUUAAGCAAAGGAUGUGGUUCAGCUGGACCUCAUUUCAAUCCUUAUUUGUUUAAUCAUGGAGCCCCGAAUGAUCAAUUGCGACACGUGGGUGAUCUUGGAAAUGUCGAUGCUGAUGAAGAUGGGAUUGCUCAAAUAGACGGAGUUGAUCAUUACUUGAGCUUGUUAGGAGUACGUGGAGCAAUUGGAAGAGCCAUUGUUGUGCAUGAAAAGCAAGACGAUCUUGGACGCGGUGGUACUGAGGAAAGUGCGAAAACCGGAUCAGCCGGUUCUCGACUUGCUUGUGGAGUCGUCGGAUUCAUAUAAACUCGAUAAUUCGUUUAAUUCCUUUAACGUGUAUACCAGCUAUCGUCGUUGUUGUUUUCGUCAUCAUUAUCCUCGAUGUUUUUGUUGUCAUUGAAGUUAUAGUCAGA